UUUCAAUUAUAAAUUCUUAUGUUGAAAUCACACAUUGUGCAAGGUAGAACACAGUAUUGUGUUAAUUCUGAUGCUUUUUAAUGUUACUAUAUUACACAUUUUAAAGCUAAAAUCAUUAGUGCCGUGGUGUUUCAAUGGUUUCGUGAGAAUCACCCGUAUAGUAAUUUCGGCAUAUUUCUGCUAUUCCACAAGAACAUAAUUUGCAGCCUUUUAUAACUUACAUCACCACAGACAACACAAUAGGUGACAUGCAAACACAAUGCUUUAGCAACAUUUAGGGUCAUCUGUGAUGACUUAGACACACUGCCCUCUUAAAUAAACAUUUUAUUAAUGGCAAAUAUAAGAACAAAGACACGUUAAUGGACAAAGCAGCAACAGCCAUCAUAACUGAUGAGAAGGUCACCGUGAGUCUGACUGACAGUAACUUCUGGUGCUUAAAGCAGUAAAGGUAAUGGGGGAGGGACUCACAGUACUCUUUCUAAACUUUUGGUCCCUCGUGGUCUUGUUUUCCCAGAAUGCCAAGUAACCUCUUGAGCCCAGAGUGUGUUUACUCUGAGUUAAUGAAUGAGCUAGUAUUGGAUUGAGUAAAUAUGUUGCUGAACCUAGAUAGGUAGAGCAUUACAUUCAUUAGCAAUGCAAAGGCUAUAGGUUCGAUUCCCAGAAAGCACACAUAGGCUACUGAUAAAAUGAAUACGUUGAAUGCACUGUAAGUCGCUUUGAAAAACAGCAUCUUCGUAUAAAUGAGCAAAUAGUAAUGAAUCUCCGCUUUUGUUCAAGUCAGUGGUUCACACACCAACACAUGUCAAUUACGGAAAGCUUCACUAGCACAGGCAGGAAAACAUUCGAGAGGGGUGGAGAUUUAGGGACAAACUGCUCUUGAAGUGUCAUAUGCGGGGUCAAUACACCAACUCUCACUUCUUCAACGGUGCCAAGUGAGUAAACACAACACAGACAAAUGGCAGGGGUGUAAAAGAAAGGAAAGGGGCCGUCCUUAUUGGCAGGAGGGAGAGAACGUCCAGAGGGAGGAGGCAAUCAGAAGAGCAGGAUCGAGCAAACAGAGAAGUGGCGCUCUGUUUGUAGAGCAGUACGGGACCAUGCUGUCAGGCUGCUCUUUGAUCUGGACCGGAGCGCUCCUGCUGGGGCUUAAGGCUUUGCUGACAGGGGCGACUGACUUCCAGCACCAUGGCUAUGAGGAGAUGGUGAGAGCUCUUUUUGCGGUCCAAAGCGAGUGCCCCUACAUCACCCGCAUCUACAGCAUCGGACGCAGCAUAGAGGGUCGACACCUUUACGUACUGGAGUUCAGUGAUAACCCGGGCAUCCAUGAAGCAUUGGAACCAGAGUUCAAGUACGUAGGGAACAUGCAUGGAAAUGAGGUGCUUGGCAGGGAGCUGCUCAUCUACCUAUCCCAAUUCCUGUGCGAGGAAUACCGAUCAGGAAACGAGCGAAUCACGCGUCUCAUCCAUGAUACACGGAUCCACAUCCUUCCUUCGAUGAACCCAGAUGGAUACGAGGUGGCAGCCAGGCAGGGUCCAGAGUUCAAUGGCUACUUAGUGGGCCGUGGAAAUGCAAAGGAUAUAGACCUGAACCGCAAUUUCCCCGACCUGAAUGCUCUGAUGUACUACUAUGAGAAGCACAACGGUCAAAACCACCACCUGCCGCUGCCAGACAACUGGGAUGCACAGGUUGAGCCGGAGACUUUAGCUGUGAUCAAAUGGAUGGAUAAUUAUAACUUUGUUCUGUCAGCUAACCUCCACGGUGGAGCUGUUGUCGCCAACUACCCAUUCGAUAAGUCCAGAGAGGCCAGGAUAAGAGGCAAGACAACAUAUUCAGCCACCCCCGAUGACAAAAUAUUCAGAAAGUUGGCAAAGACCUACUCCUAUGCCCACAGCUGGAUGCAUAAGGGCUGGAACUGUGGCGAUUACUUUGAGGAAGGGAUUACAAAUGGAGCCAGCUGGUACUCUUUGUCAAAGGGUAUGCAGGACUUCAACUACCUCCGCACGAACUGUUUUGAGAUCACCCUGGAGCUCAGCUGUGAUAAGUUUCCCCCGGCGACGGCCCUUGCCAACGAGUGGCUUGCCAACAGGGAAGCUCUGGUGUCUUACAUGGAGCAGGUGCAUAAUGGGAUCAAAGGCAUGGUCUAUGAUGAAAACAACAACCCGAUCAGUAAUGCAGAAAUCUCUGUGGCAGGUAUAAACCACGACAUAACCGCCGGGGCGGAUGGAGACUACUUCCGUCUGCUAUUGCCCGGGACUUACACAGUCACCGCGUCUGCCCCAGGGUACCAGCCUUUUACCAGCACGGUGACAGUGGGACCAGCUGAAGCUGUACAGUUACAUUUCUAUUUGAAAGUUCAAUUGAAACCGGCAGACUUGAAUACAAAACCUCAUCACCACAAGAAAGGCCAUUCAACAGCUAAAGUUCUUCCCACCAACCUUGGACCAAGAUAAAGAGUAAAACACUUUUGUCAACGAAGACAAAACUUUUUCUCUGUUAUUUUUUUAAGUGAAGAUAAGAAAAAAAUGAAAGGGAAACAAGGACUCUGACUCUUUAGUUUCUCAUCUGUUUAGAUGUGCAAGUGUUUUUACUGAGAAAUACAUUUUGCUCUCAUGUUCUUGCUGAGAUUACAUUUACAUGUAUGUCUCAUAGUGUUGGAUUGAAAGAACAAGAAAACACAGGUCAACUUAAAAUUUCUCUUUUUAUGAGAAAUAAGUCAGGAAAAUACCUUUAAAUGUUAUUGGAUAAUGGAUACUAUUGUAAACUAUGUCUGAUUAUGAUAUGAGAUUAAGAAUAACUAUCUCAUAUGUGGAUAAAAUCAAUAAUCAUUUAUCAUAAAAAAAUAAACUAAGAUUGGUCUUUAAUAAAUGUUUGUCUAAUUAUUGUUAAAAGUUUGAAAUAAAAAAAUAAAUUCCUUACAGAUUCUUAAAGGUGCAGUGUGUAAUUUUUAGAAGGAUCUCUUGACAGAAAUGCAAAAUAAUAUACAAAACUAUAUUAUCAUAGGUGUAUGAAGACCUUUUAUAAUGAACCGUUAUGUUUUUAUUACCUUAGAAUGAGACGUUUUGAUCUAUAUACUGAGAGUCCCCUUACAUGGAAGUGGCCAUUUUGUGUCACCAUGUUUCUACAGAAACCCUUAAUGGACAAACCUUUUUAAUAAGUUGUCUCCGAAGAUGACAUGUUUGUCCGGUGGCAGCUAUCGUAGCUUCUCUAUUCGUUUCAAAAACGAGGAGUGAGCAGUGGACUGAGCUGUUAGUUGCAAUUUGCAAGCUCACUACUAGAUGCUGCUAAAAUUUACACACUGCACCUUUAAGUAUAGCAUCCUUCACUUCCCUAAAUUUGGAAUUGCUGUUUUGGAAAUGUUUGUUUUACCUGGCAGUUCGUACUGUUUAUCAAAGUUUUGCAGCAUUUCUUUAAACGUUUUUUCCACUGUA